AAGGCUGGAGCUGACAGACCUCCAGCCUACAGUGCUAACCUUAGUUGACCGUGAAGAUUGUGACCGUGAGGUAGGAUGGGAUGGGGACUUUUCCAGUCUUGAAUCCAUUACACACUAUUUCCUAUCCCUGCCUGAGGACCCACCUUCCCCUCACGGAGCCUCUGGCCAAUUUCCUAGCCCCAACCCUAGCCAGCUAUUAUUUUUUACUUAGUUUCUCUUCUAUUUUUUUCUACCCACCUUCUCACUGGAAUUUAUGUUCUUACUGAAAAAGAUGGCAAGGAGACUUUAUCUGGGGCAAACACUUCCUUCCUCCUCUCACCCUUAUCUUUCUUUAUACACACUUUCACACAAACACAAACACACUCACACACAAACACACUGACCCAUUCAAAACACAGAUGCUUCCUGAACUACUGAGGCAUCUGUCCUGGUAGUUCUCCACUGGCAAGUGCUCUCUUCUCACUACACACCUGCCCUCUCCCCCUAUUCAUUUAUGUUUCCCCAGGACAUGGAGCCAUCUCCAUCUUCAGCUCCAGAGUCUCUGACUUCUGUUCAAGGACAAAUGGCACAGCAUGCUUUCCAGGAUCAAGAACAAAAGUCAGGAAGGACCUCCAAGCAGCAGAUAAGAAAACCCAUUGAAGACACAAUGAGACCAGAGGUGCUAAUGGCUUUUAGGGAUAUACAGAAGGAGCUCCAGGAAGAUGCUCGGACUCGAGGGAUGAGCAACUACUCCAUGACACCCAUAUCAUCUGCAUCGAGGACUGGAAGUGUCAAGCGUUCAGAUUCUGGGAUGACCCCGAAGUUGGAAAGACUGCUGCCAAGCAGUGGAGAGCAGCCAUCAGGGGUCCAGGCCCACAAAUUGAGAAGCCAGUUCUCUGAUCAAUCAGCUUGCUACCCUAGACCCUAACCCUACAAUCAAGGAAGAAGACCACCUUUGCUUCUGCCAGGUGUUUCACCCAGAUGGCCUUUCCCCUGACCUCCACUCUGCCCAUCCUGCUGUAGCCAGGAACCCAGGCCUCAUAAGUCCUCACUCCAACAUGACAGAGCAACCCCCUCAGCAGGUGUGGUCCAAUAUGAGGGAUAAUCGAGUGAGAGGGUAGAAGCCCGAGGGCAGGGCUGAGCCAGGAUCUUUUGGUCUCUGUGACUGAGGCAAAGAGCCAAACACUGCGUAGGUAGUUCUUGUACAGGGAGGGAGGAGUGUUCAGGAAUCAGAGACAACUAUGGGAUAGAGAAAUGGAAAAAAAGUUUAAACACACACUAAGAAAUGUGAGGCCCAUUAUUCACUUCUGGAAAGUGCUCUGGAAACUUAUAUUACCUUUGGUGCUUAAUUCAGAAUCAAAAGUCAAAUACUGUAGGUCCAUAAUAGACCCCAUUGUCAAGAUUUUCAUUAAUAAAAUACUUGAGUGUACUGCCCUCAAAGGAACUGCUUAAGUGGUAGGCCAUUUCCUCAACCUUUUUAACUCCCCUGCUCCCUAGUUUCACCUGAUACCUAAUCUCAUAUGGAGAAAAAGACCACCACAGAUGCUCACCUGUGUGUGGCAUACACUAAGCUAGCCACACCAUCUAUAUGACCCUGUCGAAUCUGCGUGAUGACUGACGGAGAAAAUUAGACUCAUCUACGUGUGCCUAAGUACAGUGACUCUGUAUUUUCUUGAAUAGUCCCCUUUCAAAUAUUUUAUCCCAUUUUCUCCAUGUAUCAGCAAAAUACACAAAACGUCCUAGUAUUUUGCAACAAGAUUACAUCUUUCUAAAAGAACAUAUACAUUCACAAAACCUCUAUUAUCAUUCAAACCUCAGUUUUGACUUGGAAAUUAAGGCAGGAAACUUCCUUCCUCUUCAGUACCACACAGGCAGCAAGAGUAGGGUAGCAAAGAGUGGGCCCUAUGCAGAAAGCAGGUGGUACACAACCAGUGGAUCUUCUCCCUCAGUCUGAGCUGGAUAUCUUGGGAUAGGGUAAAGAAGGCAGAAGUAUCACCAAGAGAUCUGCUUUUACUUUCAGUGCCACCUGCCUGGUAAACUAAAUUUCUUUUAUUCCCAUCUAUGUGACUGUGACAUCUAGGGCACAGCUUUGGUUGCCUGGAAAAAAAAAAAGUUAUUAGGCAGACAUCCCCACUGAUCCAGAAGAGGGAAUGAUACUCACAGGCAGAAAUGCCAGGGUCUGUGGCUACAACGGGGAACUUGGAAAUCAAGUGAGACCCACACACAUCACAACUGCCAAGCAAAGAAACCAGCAAACAACAACUGAUAAAAUAAAUGUGGUGUGAAAGACGUUUACCCUAUUUGAUCUUACUGGGUAGUAGGAUGUAAUUCA